AUGUCUGGUAUAAUUAAAUCAGCCCCUGUUCCCAAUGGGUGCAGUACUGAUAAUAAAAUGUUUAUUGAUUGGAUUGAAAAGGCUAUUAAAAAUAAUCACGUUAAAUAUUAUGAUUAUAAAGACUUUUUAAAGUUUGAAGAAAUUGGUUCCGGAAGCUUCGGAAAGGUCUAUCGUGCAGACUGGAAAAAUCCUGAAAAUCCAAAUGAUAGUUUAAAGAAAUAUAUGUUGGUAAUGGAAUAUGCCGACAGUGGUACUCUUCGGAAUUAUCUAAGAGAAAACUUUAGUAAUCUCAUUUGGAAUGAUAAAUUUAGAAUAGCUUAUCAAUUAGCUAACGCUGUAUCGUGUUUACAUAAUGAGGGUGUUAUUCAUCGUGAUUUGCACUCCGAAAACGUAUUGGUCCAUACCCAUCGAAACAGUCGAACCUCGAGAAGCGAACAAGAUUUCAGUCAUUUCACCAUCAAAUUGGCUGAUUUUGGAUUAUCAAAACAGAUGGAUAUAUUAGUUAGAUCAAAAUCGGCAACUGGCGCAGUUCGGUACGUUGAUCCAAAGAAAUUUACGCUCGAAAAAUACUCCUUAAAUGAAAAGAGCGAUGUUUAUAGUAUUGGCGUACUUUUAUGGGAGAUAUCAAGUGGUCGGCAACCUUAUAUGGGUAAAGAAAAGUGGUUUUUAGUUGUGAAUGUUCCGAAAGGUCUUAGAGAAACACCUAUCCCUAAUACACCUGAGGAUUAUAUCAAGAUUUAUACUGAUUGUUGGAAACAUGAAGUUAAUGAUCGUCCAAAUAUCAAUGAGGUGGUUACUAGAUUAGAUGCAAUUAUUAAAAAAAAUAAUAAUACAAAUAAUUCUCGGGCAUAUAAUUUUGAUACAGAUGUCCAGCAGCCUAUUUCAUCUUGUGAUUCAUUUGACAUGAUAGAGAAGCAUUAUAAAAAAAAUUAUUGCAAUUUAAACCAACUUGAUUUUGAUCACAUGUUUGGAGUUAAGCAUCAUAAAAAAUUUCAUUGA